AUGAGAUUCUCCAUUGCGGUCGUCACCUCCGUCCUCGUCGCCAUGGGCGUGGCGAUGCCGAUUCCCACCACGAGCAAGGCUCCCCGCAUGGACGGGUCGGAUCUGUUCAGCAUGAUCGAAGGCAUGGGCGGGCUGGACGGGGUGUUGAAGAGUAUCCAGAUUUCUUCGCCGUUGAAUUCGGCAUUGGGGCAAUAG